AACGGAAUGGAGGCGGCAGACGACACCGGUUCCCUUCAGGCGGCGAUUGGAUGGCUGCUGCACACCAUCCUUCCGAGCCUCAGCAAGCUGGACGGGUGGAUUCGCCAGGCAGGACUCGGCAGCGAGGUAGAGGGGCUGAGGGACGAGAUCGAGCAAGUCGACGGGGUGGUCUCCGCCGUGAACGCCAGGGCGACCCGAAACAGGUCGGUGGCCAGAUCCCUCGCAGCCCUCAAGGAGCUGCUCUACGCCGCCGGCGACGUGGUCGACGAGCUCCACUGCUACAGGCUCCAGCAACAGCUCGACGGAGGUAAAUGAUUUGCCUGUACACCCGUCCAAGCACGCCACCUGUUUGUGUUAAUUACAAUUCCAAUUUUUUUGUUCAACUACGGAGGUAAAUGCCUGCCUGAACAUCCGUCCUCCAAGCACGCCACCUGUUUGUGUUAAUUACCACUUCCAUUUUCUCUGGGGGGGGGUCGAGCACCACCAUACUAAUUUCCAGUCCAUGAUUUCUUCUAUGGCAU